GUGUUUCAUUUAAACGCGAGGGCCGGCACCUACAAUCAAGGAGUAACGCACAGUCCGACGUUAUCAAGGGGACACUCGGGGAGAAUUUCAUUCUCACAACGAGACCCAAUUCGCAGAGGAGAGGCGACGCGACGCGACGCACCCAUUGUCAGCAACCCCUCGAAGGAAAUAUUAAGACAUGGCCGAAACUGAGGAUAUUCAGCCCCUUGUCUGUGAUAAUGGAACUGGAAUGGUCAAGGCUGGAUUUGCUGGAGAUGAUGCUCCAAGGGCUGUUUUUCCCAGCAUAGUGGGACGCCCUCGUCACACAGGAGUCAUGGUUGGUAUGGGCCAAAAAGAUGCAUAUGUUGGUGAUGAGGCUCAAUCCAAGAGAGGUAUUCUGACGCUGAAGUAUCCCAUUGAGCAUGGAAUUGUCAGCAACUGGGAUGAUAUGGAGAAGAUUUGGCAUCAUACAUUCUACAAUGAACUUCGUGUGGCCCCGGAAGAGCACCCAAUCCUCUUGACUGAAGCUCCUCUAAAUCCGAAGGCCAAUCGUGAAAAAAUGACUCAAAUCAUGUUUGAGACCUUUAAUGCCCCUGCUAUGUAUGUUGCCAUUCAGGCUGUUCUCUCCCUCUAUGCCAGUGGUCGUACUACUGGUAUUGUUCUCGACUCUGGUGAUGGUGUCAGCCAUACUGUUCCCAUCUAUGAAGGUUAUGCACUUCCCCAUGCAAUCCUGCGUCUUGAUCUGGCUGGCCGUGACCUCACUGACUACCUCAUGAAGAUUUUGACCGAGCGUGGUUACUCUUUCACCACUACAGCAGAGCGUGAAAUUGUAAGGGACAUCAAAGAGAAACUGUCGUACAUUGCUCUCGACUAUGAGCAAGAGCUAGAAACAUCCAAGACAAGCUCUGCUGUGGAGAAGAACUAUGAACUGCCCGACGGACAGGUCAUCACCAUUGGCGCUGAGAGGUUCCGAUGCCCUGAGGUCCUUUUCCAGCCAUCCAUGAUAGGGAUGGAAGCUGCUGGAAUUCAUGAAACCACCUACAAUUCAAUCAUGAAGUGCGACGUUGAUAUCAGGAAGGAUCUGUAUGGAAACAUUGUCCUCAGUGGUGGCACAACUAUGUUCCCAGGUAUUGCCGAUAGGAUGAGCAAGGAGAUCACUGCUCUGGCUCCAAGCAGCAUGAAGAUUAAGGUGGUGGCUCCACCGGAGAGGAAAUACAGUGUCUGGAUCGGAGGUUCCAUCUUGGCCUCUCUCAGCACAUUCCAGCAGAUGUGGAUUGCCAAAGGAGAGUAUGAUGAGUCCGGACCUUCGAUUGUUCACAGAAAGUGCUUCUAAGAUCGAACCGUGGCAAAAAGGAUCACCCGAGAGAUUUAUAGAAAUCAAAUGGUUGCUGCUGCUGCUGCUGCUUCACCUGGUGUUCCAUUCCGGUUUCUUUGCAUUCUUCUCUUAUGCGUUCUUUUAUUUGUGUUCUUUUGUCCUCUCGAGUCUUUUCCUUCUAAGGUUGAACAAUGGCUGUGGAAUCAUUUUCUGUCAUUUCUCCAAGUUAUAUUACUAUGUA